AUGGUGCACCAGAGCCUCAGUGUGCCCCCGCGUCCCCGCAGGAUGGUGUCCCCACUGCUGGGGAGGACCUGGCGACCUCCGCAGCCUGCCACAGAGGGCCCGCCUGUUGCAGAGGCUGACCAUGUGGAGGCCGCCAUCCUCGAAGAAGACGAGGGUCUGGAGAUAGAGGAGCCCAGCAGCCUGGGGCUGAUGGUGGGUGGCCCCGACCCUGACCUGCUCACCUGUGGCCAGUGUCAGAUGAACUUCCCCCUGGGGGACAUCCUGGUUUUUAUAGAGCACAAGAAGAAGCAGUGUGGCAGCCUGGGGGCCUGCUAUGACAAAGGCCUGGACAAGGGCAGCCCGCCGCCCUCCUCACGCUCUGAGCUCAGGAAAGUGUCUGAGCCGGUGGAAAUCGGGAUCCAGGUCACUCCUGAUGAAGAGGACCACCUGCUCUCGCCCACGAAAGGCAUCUGCCCCAAGCAGGAGAACAUUGCAGGGCCAUGCAGGCCUGCCCAGCUGCCAGCGAUGGCCCCCAUAGCUGCCUCCUCCACCCACCCUCACACAUCCGUGAUCACUUCACCUCUGCGUGCCCUGGGCGCCCUCCCGCCCUGCUUCCCCCUGCCGUGCUGCAGUGCGCGCCCCGUCUCGGGCGAUGGGACUCAGGGUGAGGGUCAGACGGAGGCUCCCUUUGGAUGCCAGUGUCAGUUGUCAGGUAAAGAUGAGCCUUCCAGCUACAUUUGCACAACAUGCAAGCAGCCCUUCAACAGCGCGUGGUUCCUGCUGCAGCACGCACAGAACACGCAUGGCUUCCGCAUCUACCUGGAGCCCGGGCCGGCCAGCAGCUCGCUCACGCCACGGCUCACCAUCCCGCCGCCGCUUGGGCCCGAGGCUGUGGCGCAGUCCCCACUUAUGAAUUUCCUGGGCGACAGCAACCCCUUCAACCUGCUGCGCAUGACGGGCCCCAUCCUGCGGGACCACCCGGGCUUCGGCGAGGGCCGCCUGCCCGGCACGCCGCCGCUCUUCAGCCCGCCACCACGCCACCACCUGGACCCUCACCGCCUCAGUGCCGAGGAGAUGGGGCUCGUCGCCCAGCACCCCAGUGCCUUCGACCGAGUCAUGCGCCUGAACCCCAUGGCCAUCGACUCCCCCGCCAUGGACUUCUCGGGCGGCCCGGGCCCCGGGCGGCCGAGCUCCAAGGAGGGCCGGCGCAGCGACACGUGCGAGUACUGCGGCAAGGUGUUCAAGAACUGCAGCAACCUGACGGUGCACCGGCGGAGCCACACCGGCGAGCGGCCUUACAAGUGCGAGCUGUGCAACUACGCGUGCGCGCAGAGCAGCAAGCUCACGCGCCACAUGAAGACGCACGGGCAGAUCGGCAAGGAGGUGUACCGCUGCGACAUCUGCCAGAUGCCCUUCAGCGUCUACAGCACCCUGGAGAAACACAUGAAAAAGUGGCACGGCGAGCACUUGCUGACUAACGACGUCAAAAUCGAGCAGGCCGAGAGGAGCUAAGCGCGCGGGCCGGGCACCCCGCACCUGUACAGUGGAACCGUGGCCAACGAGAGAAAGCUCACCUGACUUGCCUCCGUGUCACCGCCGCUUCGCGCCCCGUGUGUCCCCGGGGCCCAGGGGAGGCGGCACUCCAACCUAACCUGUGUCUGCGAAGUCCUAUGGAAACCCGAGGGUUGAUUAAGGCCGUAAAAAUUGUGGAGCCUUUUAACUGUGCAAUAAUUUCUGUAUUUAUUGGGUUUUGUCAUUUUUUUGGCAUGUGCAGGUACUUUUUAUUAUUAUUCUUUCUGUUGAAAUUCCUUUAAAAGAUUUUGUUGGGUAGCCAUCCCUUCUUCAUUUAAAAAAAAAAAACACAAAAACCCAGUGGUAGCCUGAGCAAUGUCUCGCAAGCAAUGCAGAGGGGGGCAUAUCUUUUAAAUUAUAAUUUGGGGUGGGGGGGCGCUGCUUUUUUGAAAUUUAAGCUAAGCAUGUGUAAUUUCUUGUGAAGAAGCCAACACUUAAAUGACUUUUAAAGUUGUUUACUUUUUUAUUCCUUUUUUUUUGUUUGUGUGUUUUUCGGUCCUGAAAUAAAGUGGCAUGCAUUUUUGAUUUGUUUUGUUUUUGACGGGGGUGUGGAUGUACAGCGGAUAACAAUCUUUAAAGUUGUAGCACUUUGUUUCAGAGCUGGAGCGGAGGUGUAGCACUGAUGCGUCCUGGGUAACAGAGGCCUUUUCCUGUGUUGAUUUCAACUUUCCCAUUCUGUAGGGCCCUUUCAGUGGUGAUGGUGGAGGGGCACCCCACUAACUCGGCACCACCAGAGAAAGCGGUUUGCAGGGCUACUCUGAGAAAUGGCCCACAGGCGCCACCAGCCCAUACUGUCUCUUCUCGGUAGGUGGUAUGCCCUGGGAGGCCACCUCUGCUCUUUGCCGUGAGUUAGGCUCAACGGAAUGGGCUGAGGGUACAUUUUGGGUAGAUGGCGGUGGCCGUGGUGACAGAAAGGGAGAAACCAGUGGUGUUCCUUCGGGCUUCUGGCGAGGCGGCCUCUCUCUCCUUCCCCACCACAUAUACCGCAAGCCCUGCGUGGCUGCCAGUGGUAACGAUCCCGGCUCAUCAGACAGAUGCUCUGACGGCCAGCUGAGGAAGUUAGUGUUCUCAUUGAAUGCACGCUGAUGACUGUGCAGGGACAAGGGGGGACUUGUGAACUUUCGCUCCCUUGUACUGGAGAAGUAGGGGAAAGCUCCAUCUGAAGGUGCCCAGCGCUAGUUUCCUUUUGUUUUGUUUUGUUUUGUUUUGUUUUGUUUUUGGUCUCAUUAGGUUGGAAGGUACUGAGCAUUGGACUGUUAGAAUUAGACAUUUGAAUUCUGUUGACCCGCACUUUAAAGCUUUUGUUUGCAUUUAAAUUCAAUGGCUUCUAAACAAGAAAUUGCAGCAUGUUCUUCUCUUUGGCCCAGCGGUGGGUUAAACUGUAAGGACAGCUGAGAUUGAGUGUCAGUGUUGCUAAGCGUGGCAUUCACAAUACUGGCACUUUAAAAAACAAAAGAAACUAAUAAUUUAUCGGACAGUUUUUCUACUGCCAUUCAAUUUGAUGUGAGUGCCUUGAAAACUGAUCUUCCUAUUUGAGUCUCUUGAGACAAAUGCAAAACUUUCUUUUUUUUUUUGUUUUUGUUUUUGAAAUGAAAAGACUUUUUUAAAAAGUAAAACAAGAAAAGUACAUUCUUUAGAAACAAACCAAGCCACAUUUACUUUAAGUAAAAAAAAAAAAAAGAAAAAAAAAUCCUGGUUGAAGAUAGAGGACGUGAAAAUGCCAUAAGACCCAAUCAAAUGAAGAAAUAAACCCAGCACAACCUUGGAUACCCUUUAGCUGAAUUCCCCUCAGCCCCUUCUGUUUUGGGGACAGCGCUGCUUAGAUACGGAGUGGAGGUGAUUUACUGCUGAAUUAAAACUCCAGUGACACAAGUUACAAGUUGAUAUCGUUGAAUGAAAAACAAAACAAAAACAAUUCAGGAACAACGGCUGAUUUUUUUCUAAAGUUAAAUUUAGUGCACUCUGUCUUAAAAAUACGUUUACAGUAUUGGAUACAUACAAGGGUAAAAAAAAAAUUGUGUGUAUGUGUGUUGGAGCGAUCAUUUUUUUCAAAGUUUGCUUAAUAGGUUAUACGAAAAUGCCACAGUGGCCGCGUGUAUAUUGUUUUCUUUUGGUGACGGGGUUUUAGUAUAUAUUAUAUAUAUUAAAAUUUCUUGAUUACUGUAAAAGUGGACCAGUAUUUGUAAUAAUUGAGAAUGCCUGGGCAUUUUACAAAACAAGAAAAAAAAAAAAACCCUUUUCUUUUCCUUGAAAAUGUUGCAGUAAAAUUUAAAUGGUGGGUCUAUAAAUUUGUUCUUGUCAAAGUAACUGUAAAGUCGGAGUUUUAGUAAAUUUUUUUCUGCCUUGGGUGUUGAAUUUUUAUUUCAAAAAAAAAUGUAUAGAAACUUGUAUUUGGGGAUUAAAAGGGGAUUGCUACACCAUGUAGAAAAAGUAUGUAGAAAAAAAAGUGCUUAAUAUUGUUAUUGCUUUGCAGAAAAAAAAAUCACAUUUCUGACCUGUACUUAUUUUUCUCUUCCCACCUCCCUCUGGAAUGGAUAUAUUGGUUGGUUCAUAUAAUGUAGGCACUUGCUGUAUUUUUACUGGAGCUUGUAAUUUUUUAACUGUAAGCUUGUCCUUUUAAAGGGAUUUAAUGUACCUCUGUGUUAGUGAAUUUGGAAAUAAAAAGAAAAAAAAAACAAAAACAAACAGGCUGCCAUAAUAUAUUUUUUUAAUUUGGCAGGAUAAAAUAUUGCAAAAAAAAAAUUUGUAUGUUAAGUCCUAUUGUACAGGAGAAAAAAAGGGUUGUUUGACAACCUUCGAGAAAAAGACAAAAGGAAGUAGUUAAAUGCUUUGGUUCACCAAUCAUUUUAGUUGUGUAUAUUGUUGUCGGAAUUGGCCUACACAAGAACUGUUGGCUUUGGGCUUCGUUCUGAAGGCCCUGAACCUUGCAUCAAGGCUCCUUGGUGUGGCCACAGCAGACGGGAUGGGAAAUUCUUUAUUAGUGUUGAGUGGAAAAAUCAGUUUCUGUAAAGAUGUCGGCAACAUUCCACAGCCCUCCCUUCCUCUAGAGGCCAUCCAUAAGAUGUCAGAUGGAGAGGAGAGCGGGAGAGGUCGUCUGCCUUCACCAUCAGCCUGUGGCGGCUACCACCACCCCACACCUCUCCCGCCCUUCAGAGCAGAAAGAAGUGCAGACCGAACAUCUUAGUCCUUGAGAACACGGGACAGACCAAGCGUAGAGACGAGCUGGUGUGAAAGCUAGGUGCAGGUGACGUGACCUGCUGCUGGGACCCUUGCCAUCUGGGUUUCGGGAAGGAGAUCCUGCCAUGGCAUCCCACGGAGAGUAUCGGCCUGUUGUCUGUCUUACCUGCUUUGCUGCUUUCUCUUUGAAACCCACAUUCCGUCCAUUUCCG